AUGACAAGCAAAGCUAUCUGCUUGUUUCUAACCAAUAUUUUGAGAGAGUGCAAUCAUAGAAUGAUAAAAAUAUCAAUACUUCUUCUGCUCCUACUUAAUUUCGAGCUUGUUAUUCCACAAGUUAUACCAGGUGCAGAAAAUGUAGACAUAACAACUGAUACGACAUUCAUGACUUCUUCUGAAUUAGACAGCUCCACAGCAUUUGAAACCAGUGAAACUGAAGAAAGGCUUUCUACAACAGAAGAAUUCAUAUCUACGACAAACGAUCCUGAAACCAGCGCAGAACAAACCAGUGAGAUGACUACAAUCUCCAAUGAAGUCACAAGCGAGGAAGCGACAACUAAUGAGACCGAUGGCACUGCUACAGAUUCAUCAACAGAUGAAACGCCCAAUGCUGAUUCCUCUACCAAUCAAGAAUCCAGUGUCGAACAAACCAGUGAGAUGACUACAAUCUCCAAUGAAGUCACAAGCGAGGAAGCGACAACUAAUGAGACCGAUGGCACUGCUACAGAUUCAUCAACAGAUGAAACGCCCAAUGCUGAUUCCUCUACCAAUCAAGAAUCCAGUGUCGAACAAACCAGUGAGAUGACUACAAUCUCCAAUGAAGUCACAAGCGAGGAAGCGACAACUAAUGAGACCGAUGGCACUGCUACAGAUUCAUCAACAGAUGAAACGCCCAAUGCUGAUUCCUCUACCAAUCAAGGUUAG